ACCCAUUAACCGACCGCUCCGCCUCUCGGGUCACACGCAAGUGACCUUUUGGUCUCGGCCUCCCCCUAUCUCCCAAGGUACGGACGGCCGGAUAACCCAUUGCGACUCAAGAUUCGGAUCUCUAAAGCCGUCCCACUCGAACUAACUGUUCAACUACCUCAUCGAACCCACGUUUUGGGUUCCGGAAUGAAAAAGCCAGCCCUAUUUAUUUAUCUAGGUGGAGUGCAUAUAUUGAAUUUUUCACCCCGAUAAUUAUUGUUCGUCGACGUUUCCCGAAUCAUCGAUAACGAAGCGAAAAACCGCCAUCGAGGCAGACGUCUCUCGUCCUCUUCCUCCCUGCGGUGACGUCUAAAGUUUUGUCUUUUAUGUAUGCCCUUAUUCCUACUUGAUGCUCAAGUAGCUGAUUAUGGCGUCGAAACUGAUUUGGGUUUCACCUUACGAAGUUGAAAACCAGCUCGAACUGUCUCUCCGUCAAGCCUUCGAUAUUCUCGAGCCGAAAUUGCGGCCGCCGUUUUCCGUAACGAUCCCAGACCCGGAAGAGUAUGUUCAGCUGAACAGAGCCAUCGUCUAUGGCGUCUUGUGCUAUCCCGAUUUGGCUAAAGUGUACAUCAGGUACUUACAUGCUCUCAUCACUGAUGGGUACGCGUUAUAUACGAGUUUGCUCGUCGGAAUUGUUAAUGAAUUGCACUGUAAGCUUGUUGAUUGCGCUAAGAGUCAGUUGAUUUGGGUUACGAAGGAAAUGAUCCACGUUUCGGCCGUGGGAAUCGAUGGUUUGCUCGUCUCUUUGUUGCGGAGAAUUGUUGGUGGGGAUUAUGGGGAUGAGAAUGUUUGGUUGUGCUCUGAGUUGGCGAGUUUGUUCCUUGGCAAAUGGGAUUGCUUGUUGGAAGACGAUCCCUUGGUUUUGACAAGUGCUUUGUACAGUUUUCUUCGUUUAUUAGGGGAUCAUUGUCGGUUUCUGGGUAUUGCGAAGUUGGAGAAUGUGAGGAGAAUGGAAAGCGAAUUCUGUGUCAGAAUGUUUAGGGAACAGCUGCAUUUGUGUUUAAAGAUCGGAAGGGACCUUCUACGGUUAUUGCAGGACGUGCUCUAUAUCCCUGAAUUUGGUGAAAUAUGGAUGGAUUUGGUUUUGAAUCCAUGUUCGUUUAGAACACCUGGAUUUUCUGAUAUCUCACAGAUCUACCAGUCGAGAACAUCAAGUAGGUACUUCCUGCUUCGAAUCACUCCUGAAAUGGAAACCCAGUUGCGGUUUUUGCUUACUUAUGUGAAAUUGGGAAGCCAGAUGCGGCACCAGACAUGGUUUUGGAGGAAGUUUCUUUCACGCCCCGAAAAAGAAACCAUUCUGAUUGACAUUGUUAGAUUUAUUUGUUGUGCCCAUCAUCCAUCUAACAAAAUUAUUCAAUCAGAUGUUAUUCCAAGGUGGGCUGUUAUAGGUUGGCUUCUGAAACUGUGUAGGACGAAUUACAUUGAACACAAUGUGAAACUAGCAUUGUUUUAUGAUUGGUUGUUCUUUGAUGAAAGGGCUGACAAUAUUAUGAAUGUCGAGCCUGCUAUUCUCCUGAUGGUGUGCUCAGUACCCCAAUACCUGGACAUAACUCAAUCCUUGCUCGGGUUUUUGUUUCGCUUGGUGGACAAUUAUGACACAAAUCGUCGAGAUAUGGUUAUCAGGGGUGUGUCUUCAGCAUUUAAAGAAGUUGUUCGGAAAGGAGUUAUCUCUUCUCUGGAUAUUCUAGUAACAUGUCCUGGCCUUGCACCAUAUCUCAAGGAGAAUUUAGUUAGGUUUUUGACAAGCCAUUCAGAGGGGGUUCCUCUCAAUUUGCUACCAGUUAAUGUUCUUUCUCUGACCCCACAAAAACAUCAUCCUUCACAAGCAAAAGAAAAUGAAUGCGGUACCGAAGCUGUUGAUAUUCCUGUUCCGAUGUCAGACAAUUCCUGUUUAUCUCCUUGCCCAUCAGUUCAGAAUAGUGGUCAAACUCAGGCUGAUUCGUUACAGAGUUUGGUUCAGUCUUUAGGAGAAUCUCUUAAGCAGUCCAGUACAAAGGCACUUCAGUCCUUGGAGAAUGUGCUUUUAUCAUUUAUUCGUCUAGACAAUCAGAGAGGUACAUGUGAUGUAAUAUCUCCUGAAGAGUUAUCUUCUGAAAUAGCAAAAGAAUAUGAAAUUUCUGGCUACAAUCUUUUCAGUCCUCUACAGCUUCAAGCUGACACUUCUGACCGGGACGAAGAAAUAGAAUCUCCAACGGCCUUAAUAAUUCGUACCUUUCUUUUUUAUCAGGAUGAUAAAAUGCAGCGGAUGCUUUUGUUCUGGUUCAAUAAUGGAUGCCAAGUUGGAGCCAGAAUAUUAUCUUAUGUAUCAAGGUUAGCUUGUGAGGCAUGUAAAAUAUGUUGUUUGGGAGAUGGAGCAGGUGAAAGCACUCCCACGAAGUUAAGUGAUCCAGCUUCCCAACUCCUGAAGUUUCAUUUUGAUGGGCAUCAGUCUUUUCUGGGCCAAAAUUCUACUCACCCUGAAUUUGACAGUCAAUGUGUGAGUAAGAUGGUUGAGAAUGCAUUCCUUGGUUAUCUGUCUUUCCAAAGGAGUUCAGGGAAAACUUCACAGAAUGAAGCCAAUGCUUUUCUUUCAGAACUUCUUUAUACAGACCUCAAGUCUUGUUGUGAAUGGGGUAGGAAAAGCAUGAAGUAUUUAUUUUCUGGGAUUUUUAUCCAUCUCCCAAAUUUGUGCGUCAGCGAUGAAAACAUUAUCAGAUUACUUGUUGGUCAACUGGAUCAAGCUGAGCUUCUUAUCUUACACUUUGAGAUCCGCUUGAAGAAAAUUUCGGUUUUUGGCAGGGAUUCUGAUGCCAUCUUAGAUUUAAUUAAGAAAUCCUUUCGGUGGGACUUCAUGGAGCAGCAUAAUCUUUGGGGUUUACUUAGAUCAGAGAUUUCAGUAUCAGUUGUUCAGCUUGAAAAGAUUGUCUUAGAAUUUUUCUCCUGUGAUGAGCUAGUAGCGAAGCCCAACGCCAUUGCAGUUGAAGGGUUUCUGACACUGCUUAGCUCUCGAGUACCCACCCCUGAGCUUGUCGGUAUGGUAAUAUUAUUACCAAACAGCACAGUGCAGGACUUUGCUUCUAGUGUUUUAAGCUCAUGGGCAGUGUCUAAUGCCUCAACGCUUGUUCAUAGCUUUGCGAAAUCUCUGGAGAAACUUGAGAACCGCAACAAAGAUAUUUUCCCUAGGGAUUCUUCGGGCAUUGCAAUGAACCGAUCUGCUAUGUGUUGGUUUUUGGAUUAUUUUAGUUCAAAGGGACUGGAUAUAUCUGAUGUCUUGAGAAGUUUCCAUAUGGACAUCCCUGGAUGAUGCCCGAUUAUGCCUUUUUAUGGAACAAGAAUAUCACAGGCAGCCUUUAUUGCUUUGCGAUAACUUCAUCAACUUCAGUGUCCCGAGAGACUACUUGAUUCAGAUCCCCUUUGAAGACAGACCUGGCCUAACACAGAUUCUGUGGCUUUCCCAUGCGAAUGCGGAAACAGACAAAUAACUGGAUUUGAUCUCAAGAAUAUCACUAUCAACUAAAAUAAAUGGCAACUCAGAAUUCGACUGGUCGUAUUGCUGCGCUUGCGAUAGCGAUUGUGAGCGUUUUCGGAUGGUUAGCAAAUUAUCUUCUUUCUGAAUCCAUCCUGCUGACGCUUACCACUCAUUUGCCAAUGGUAUUCUUCAGUCAGUAAGUUGUGUUUCCUGAAGUACUGUUAGAGCCUAACAGCUGGUUCUUGUUGACAUGGAAAUCUUAUGUCUCAAGAGAUGCAUUAAACUCCUAAAAACAGUGUUUGUAAAUAGAUUUAUAGAUCCAAGUGUAGUUCAAGAGUUCUGUAUAAGCCUUUUGUUCUGAUAAAUCCUUCAGUGGGUUCUCGGA